AUGACGAGGCCACCGGAGGCGAUUAGGCCAUAUCUCAUACGAGUUGGGUUUGAGUAUGUGGCUUAUAUGGUUGAGUUCAAGCAUGACUGGCUACUUGCCUCAGCGUUGAUAGAGAGGUGGAGGCCUGAGUCCCACACCUUUCAUUUAGCAUGCGGGGAGAUGACCAUCACGCUGCAAGACGUGGCGUAUCAGCUGGGACUCAGGAUGGUGACCUCGCAGUCACAGACAAAGUGGAUUGUCAAACUCACGUGGUUCCUUAACACUGUCUGUGGAGAGCUGGAGCAGGACGCCACUGAGGAGUGCCUCCUGAGGUACACGAGAGAGUACAUCAUGCAGCUGAUAGGGGGUAUUCUAUUUUCAGAUGCAUCUAACUCUCGAGUGCACAUCAGUGCCAUAGAGCAUGGUGCGCGCGACCUUGGUGGUUGCAUCAGCCUGCUAUUGUCUUGGGCCUACCAUCGUAUUUCCCUGCUACAGCCCGAUGGAUUUGAUACACGUCCACUGGUUGAGAGGUGGGUUCUGUACCGGCCUGACAAUGCUAGGGGCGAGGGCCGCCUUAGGUAUUACAAGUGUGUCCUGAAUGGAAUUGGGAUGCUCUACUGGGCACACAUGGAGUUGUUUGGUCAGGGUGACCAGCACCUAGUGCCGACGGGGGUGGUGCCAGAUGACCUGCCUAUAUACCAUCCACCUGUGACCAAAUCUACGACCCUCAUCCGUAUAUUGCGCCCACUGUGA